GCUGGGCAGAGGAGGCGGGUGCAGGCGGGAGCUCGCGGCUGGCGGUUUCUUAUUGCGCUCGUCUUCGUGGAGUGCCUAGCCGAGGGCGAGUGAAGUGGUGGGUUCAUCUCAGCCUGCGGCACUGAGCAGAGCGAGGGAGCUGGUGCUCGCACAGUCGGCUGUCGAAGGUCCUCUCUUUCCCUCGGUGUGUCCUCCAGUCGCGCUCCAUGCUCCGGACGCUGCCUGGCCCCUCGCCCCGCUGCUGACGGCGCCCGCCUCUCUGGGCAGCAUCCAUGCACGGCGCGCUCCGGGAGUCGUAGGCUGCAGCUGCCCGCGGCUCCGGGACCGGCGGUGGCUCCGCGGCCGUGGGGGCGUCAAUGGAUCGCCAUUCCAGCUACAUCUUCAUCUGGCUACAGCUUGAACUCUGUGCCAUGGCGGUGCUGCUCACCAAAGGUGAAAUCAGAUGUUACUGUGAUGCUGCCCACUGCGUGGCAACUGGCUAUAUGUGUAAGUCUGAGCUGAGUGCCUGCUUCUCAAGGCUUCUUGAUCCUCAGAACACAAACUCCCCACUCACUCAUGGCUGCCUGGACUCUCUUGCAAGCACAGCAGACAUCUGCCAAGCCAAACAGGCACAAAACCACUCUGGCAUGGCCAUGCCCAUGCCCACAUUGGAAUGCUGUCAUGAAGAUAUGUGCAAUUACAGAGGGCUGCAUGACGUUCUCUCUUCUCCCAAGGGGGAGGCCUCAGGACAAGGAAACCGGUAUCAGCAUGACAGUAGCAGAAACCUCAUCACCAAAGUGCAGGAGCUGACUUCUUCCAAAGAGUUGUGGUUCCGGGCAGCAGUGAUUGCUGUUCCCAUCGCUGGAGGGCUGAUUUUAGUGUUGCUCAUUAUGUUGGCCUUGAGGAUGCUGCGAAGUGAAAACAAGAGACUGCGGGAUCAGCGGCAACAGAUGCUCUCUCGUUUGCACUAUAGCUUUCACGGACACCAUUCCAAAAAGGGGCAGGUUGCAAAGUUGGACUUGGAAUGCAUGGUGCCAGUGAGUGGGCAUGAGAACUGCUGUCUGACCUGUGAUAAAAUGAGGCAAGCAGACCUCAGCAAUGACAAGAUCCUCUCACUUGUUCACUGGGGCAUGUACAGUGGGCAUGGGAAGCUGGAAUUCGUAUGACCGUGUCUUAUCUGAACUGAGCUUUUUGGACGCUUGAAGGCCUUUGAGUUCCGCUGGACAGGAGCACUUUAUCUGAAGAAAAACAAACUCAUGUAAUCAUCUUUGAGAGACAAAGUGACCUCUGCAAACAGAAUCUUAGGUGUUUCUUCUGAAGGAUUAUUUGCACAGACUUACAUACAGUCAAAUGUAUUUUUUGCUUUGAAAUUAUAAAAAGCAAAGAGAAGACUAUGUACACACUGUUACUAGGGUGAUUUGCAUCUGAGGGAGCUGGAAUGAGUACCUAAAUAAACUACAGUGUGCUCUAUGUAAGCUCCUACAUCUUGAUUUAUUGUAAAGAUUUAAAUAUAUAUAUAUUUUUUGUCUGAAAUUGAGCAGUGUCUUGUCAUAAAUUAAAAACUAAGUGGGAAUUGUAAGAAACUACAUGUUAAUUAUGCAAAUGAAGAUCUGUUGCUCAGAGUAGGGUCUAACUAUAGGAUUUGGCUUGACCUUCCCCUUCCCCCCUCCCUCCCCUCCCUCCAUUCCUUCCCUCCCUCCCUUCUUCCCUCCUUCCUUUCUUUUUAAACAAGACCAAGAUUUUGUGUAUUCUUACAUGCAUAUGUGUAACUUUCUUACAGCAUGGAGAAUUUCUAGAUGGACUGCCCAUCAUUUAGUGUCUUCACCACAUUUUUUGCUUGGGUCAUUCUGGUUUUUAACUUUCAUCUAAGAUCUUAAACAUAUUUAUACCAGGUCAGAUAUGCUUGAUCUGUUUCGGAAGUUGCCUUAGCAGAUGUACUAUUAUUUAUCAACUUGAUCCACUUGCUCUGGAAUGAAUACUUUUAAAUGUGUCUACCUCCAACCAGGAAGAAAAAAAACCUAAAUGAAUUUUUUUUUUUGUAGUUAAAGUUAGUCACUGCUGACUUAUACUGUUUACUCUGUCUCAAACCAAAUUAAAUAUUUUGGACUCUAAGUUAGCCAAACUUCAUUGUACCAUGCUCCCAGUUUUCAAAACUUCUUUCAACACAGUGUUAUAUUAACAUUUUAUUUUCUGCUUUUGAAUUUUUAGAAAGGUUUUCCAUAGUGAACACUAUAUAUCAAUUGAGAUUUAAAUAACACACACUGCUUCUAGUUUUCUUCCCCCAAAUGAUCCUUUUAUUAACAUAACCAAAUAAAACAUUGACUGUACCCACUAACUUAAUACACCAGUGUUUCCACUCCUGUAGGGCUUUGUCUGGCAACACUGCCCAGCCUGAAUUAAACCCAUUCCACAUUUGUGUACUUUUCUCCCCAUUUGUUAUCUUAAAUGAGAAUAAUUUGCCAUGUAGGAUUAUUUUCCUUGAUUCUUUGUGUAUUUGAAACUUUUGCUUAAAAAUUAACCUAUAGCCUGCAUAUUUGAGUAUGGGGUUUUCUUUUAUGAGUGUUAACAGAUUUUUAAAAAAAUAUUUUCUGGAAUAUUUUAUGAUGAGCAUGAUAUGGAUCCCUGAAGACAGAUGCAGUAGCCAAGUUCAUGGAAGAAUCUGAAUUAAAAGGACUAGUCUAAAAAUGAGAACCUAGGUUAUUUAAUAAUUAAUAGGCCACAGCCCCAAAUUAGGGUACGGAAUAAAUAUGCAUUUUAAUAAAUGA